GAUGUUUACAAUCAAGACAUUUUUUAAUGUCAGUCAUCAUAUCAAAAUUAUCUGUCGUCGGUCCCUUAUAUCUGUUUCAUAUUGCACAAUAUUUUUGUAAUGAAUUCAGUGUUGAAGAAUGUGUGUAAACUCAAAGUACCAUUGAAAGUUGUAGAGCGUCCUCACAAAUCAUGCGAAACAGAAAAACUAGUUAUUUGUCCGAAACCCAGUUUGAAUUUCUACAGAUCAAGAUCUUAUAUCGCAUCAUAUAAUGAGGUUGUGGUAAAUAGUUUACCUACUUCAGGAACUCAUUCAAAUCUUUCGUGUAAUCUACGACGUAGUUUUGCUCAAAAAGCUAAACACACUGGUUAUGGAAGAACUGCCGCUAGCGAUGACAAUGAUAAGAAAAAAGAUGAAGUUUCAGAGGAACAAUGUAUGAGCCAAAAGAGUGAUAAAAGAGAUAAAAAGGGUUCAGAAAAAACAAUCAAGUUUACCAUUAAUUUGAACGAGUUGAUUCAUAAUUUUAACAGGAAAACUAAUUUGAUGAAAGCACAAGGUAUAAACAAAAUAAAUACUUUCUCUCUCAAGCCAAUAAAAUGUAGAUGCUGUACCAGUAGGAACAAAAAUCAAAUGUAUAAAUUUGGACAAAGGAGAUUUAUUUCAAUCAGUUCGAAAGGAAGGAUGCAAUUACCUAAAUAUCCAGUUAAUAAAAUUCGCAAAUGCCUGUCAUAUAAACCUCAAAGUGGUGGAGCUUUAUCAUACAAGAUAAGAGAUGCAUCUAGUAGUAUGUACUGGAAAGAUAAGGUUCUGAAAGUCCCGCUCUUUCAUAUUAUAAAAGAUAAAAUUCAUUCCAGUCCACCAGUAGUUCAAGAACUUAAUAAACAACUCAGAUAUUACAUUGGUACGGGAGAAGCCUCAUUCGGAAAUAGAAAACAAUCGUCAAACCCCCAUUUAAAUUGUGAUUCAAACAAUAUUGAUAAAUCUCAAGCUUUGAAGAGCAUUUGUAAUAAUAAACCAUGUGCUCAAAUACCAAAUAUAACUGGAAAAAUAUCUGAAUACACAAUGAGUUUUGAUAAUUUCAAAAAGAGUCACAUAUUGCAGAUGUUAACAGAAAUUCUGAUUCCAUUAAUAGAAAAGGAAAGUAUGCAGUACGAAGAAAUGCGAAAAGCUUUCGUCCAACUUAAAAAAGAAUUGGAGUUAUAUUUUAUGCAAGUUGAGAAGUUGGGAGUUCGAUCAGAAAAUGAGGUUUUCAAAAUCAUAGCUGACAUGAAUCAAACUAAAAGACGUCAGAAAGAAUUAGAGACAGCCUCAUUAUUGGUGAAAGAAUUUCUUAGGAAGUCUAAAACUAUUGAUAGUUAUUCUAAUGAAGACAAAUGUUGUGUAUAUGGAAGCUAUUCAGAUAAUACAUCCAAUAACCAACGUGGAAAUGAAAAUAGUCAACUAGAUGAAUUUCCUAUGGCGAUUUUGGUUAAAGAUCGAAAACAGCCACCGGAACACCAAAAUGCUCAUUCCUAUCUAGGCAUAGGAAACUCUACAAAGAAUUCCCUAAAAGAAAAAGAAAAUAAAUAUAUUGCAACAAGAACUUUUGCGAGCGAUUCUAAAAGCACAAAAUAUGAAAGUGAUUUAGGAAUGGAAAGUUCAUUGAAUUCAAGUAUAGAUCAAGAAAGUGAUGCAGGCUGUUUUCAAUACUUUCAAAGUAAAUCUAUUCCCCGCGAAAUAACGCAGAAGCAAAAAGAACAAUUUGCAAUACCAUCUGAAUUUAGAGAAGCAAAUGCUGUUCGAAUGAAAUCUCAUCAUCCUAUAUUAACUAGACAAACUGCAAGUAAAGAUGAUCUUUCAGUUAAAUCCGCAACAGCUGGUUUUGCAAUUUAUGAUACUAGUACCGUUAUGCCUUCUUCACACAGCUCUUAUAAAUCAGACCCCAAAAACAAGAUUGGGCAGCUCAAGCCAACAUUGCAAGAAAGUCGUAGAGAUAUGCCUUCAUCUCAUAGCUCAUAUACAUCAGUACAAAGAAAACAAGCUGAGCAAAUCAAACCAACAUCGCUAGCACCUAUUAGCAAAGCUGGUAUGGAAAAUCUCAAAAGAUUAGAGAAGCUUGAACAAUUGAAAGAAGCCGAAGUACGGUUACCAUUUCAGGACGACAGUUCUCAAAAAAAUAUUGAGAUACUAAAGCCAAAUGAACUCAUAGGAAAGCAGUUUUCGCAUUCCAAUAAUAUACCAACUCAGUUUCCAUUGAAAACAGCUAAAACAAAGGAUAGUGUUAAGCCUAAGUCGAUUGUCAAUAAUAAAAUAAUUCCAAAGCAUAUAAGCAAGAAUCAGUCUACACCCACUUUAAACACUGCUCCAGCAGUAAAUAAGAAGAGUGUUGAAAACUUGACUUUCGAAAAAAGGUUACCCUUAAGCCUCUUAGAUAAUUGUCGCGGUCUAUUGGAAACUCUUCUUAGAAAAUUUAAAGGUCCGCCAAAAAGGAAUCUUGGAUCUUCAUUUCUAUCAAGAAAGUCUCACUCAGCUCCAGCACUCAUGAUAGUGGAUAAUUAUCAAAAGAAUGAUGAAAGUCGUAUCAAAAUGAUUAAACCAGUAGUUACGGUACAAUUGAAACAGAAGUAUCCUUGGAACCGACUAGGAUUGAACAAAAAAAUGUCACGAAAAUUUAGAAGUGGAGCUAGAAGAGUGUAUUCGACGGAAGCCAGAAUAUACUCAUUUAGCAAAAAAGACUAUUCGACAAGCCAGAAUAACAAUACAAAAAUAACAGAAAAAUGUUUUAAGAACAAAUACCCUUGGAAUUUCACUGAAAUUGAAGCAUCAGAGAAUACUAACUGCUGUUAUUUAACUCAAACUAGUUAUUGUAAUACUAAUAACAUCAGUACUUCUGAACCUGAAGUUCCUAAAGUAUGUGAUAAUGUGAUAACAUGUGGGAAUAAAAUAGAAUCCUCUAAAAUCGACACUAAAAACGAACAACUAGAAAAAGUGUGUGGUCAAAACAAAGUUGACGAGAAUAAAUGCAAAGACGCAAAUCAGAAGAAAGCGGAUUCAGAACCACAAAAAAAUAAAUGCGAAAAAAAAGCAAAAAUAGUUGAAAGACCUUGUGAGCAAAAUGAUCAGCAGCAAUCAGAAACAUCAAAAUGUAAACUGUUCAAUAGAGGGAAUAAAAUGACAACUGAAGAAACUACAGAUUGCAUGAAGAAAAAUGAAAAUAAGGUUACAAAAACUGUCGAUAAAAAACUGUCUUGUACUCGUAAGUCAUCUGCCAAGAAUAAAAAACCUGAAGAAUCAUGUUCAACGAAAAAACUCAAGCGAGAGACAGAUAAUACCAAAUGUGUGGAAACCAAAAAGUCAGUUAAUCAAGAUGAUAAAUCCAAACAACCCCUCUCGGAUUGUGAUAACAAACAAGAUACUAGACCUAAAGAACCUAUUUGUAAUUUAUGCCCAAAACCAAAAGAUGAACCGAAGAAAGUUGAAAGUGAAACAAAAUGCUCAAAAACAAAAAAGCCAGUUUGUCCAGAUGAUAAACCAAAGAAGCCUAAAUUGAAUUCAGCAGAUUGCAAAAAGAGUGAAGAUUCUGGACCCGAAAAGCUCAAAUCUAAUCUAUGCCCAAAGCCAAAGGAUGAACCUAAACAAGUUGAGAGUGAUACGUUUACAAAAAAUCCAGUUUGUCAAGAUAAUAUGCCGAAAAAAGCUGAAUCGACCUCAGCAGAUUGUAAGAGCAAGCAAGAUACUAGACCUAAAGAACCCAUUUGUAAUUUAUGUCCAAAACCAAAAGAUGAACCGAAGAAAGUUGAAGGUGAAACAAAAUGCGUUAAAACAAAAAAGCCAGUUUGUCCAGAUGAUGAAUCAAAGAAACCUAAAUCAAAUUCAGCAGAUUGUCAGAUAAGGCAAGAUUCUAGACCAAAAGAACCCAAUUGUAAUUUAUGUUCAAAACCCAAAGAUUCACCGAAGCAAGUUAAGAGUGAUACAAAAUGUGUGGAAACAAAACAGCCAGUUUGUUCAGAUAAUCGUAGUAACAAAGCCAAGAAAUCAAUUAAUGAAUCAAGUCCAUCAACAUUCGAGAGUAAGAAGGAAAGUAGACCUAAAGAACCCGUUUGUAAAACAAGAGAAGCAGAUAAUAAGUCAUCUAAGGAAAUUGGUUCUAAAGGAGAUAAUGGAUGUUCUAAACAGACAUCAUGGUCGAGUCUGGUUGGUGCAAACAAAUCAUCCCCAAAUUUACUUUGCUUGGAGUCGUCUUCUGGAGCAAAAAAUGAAAGUAAUACUUCCAAAAUCAUGAAAUGUAAGGAAAAAAAUAAAAAUGAUUCAUGCAAUACAAAAACUGCAGACACUAGAGUGAAAGAACAAAAAUGUCCAAGUAGAAAAUGUUUAGGGGACAAUGAGAUUUUGUGCGAUAAGAGUUCGUCCUCUACUACUAGUCCCUCCAGUAAGGCAAAAGAUUUGGUCACAAGACCAACAAAUAAGCCAUCAGAUUGUAGCAGCAACAAAGAUAAGAAUAAAAUUUGUACUUCUUCUAAAUCAGUUGUCUCUUCAUCUACACCAAAUACAGAAAAAUGUCCUACUGAUUUUAACCCAGAAAAAAAGGCUAUUGAUUUGGUAAGAAAAGCUUCAAGAAAACCAGAGAUGUGUGAUAAAAAAGAAUCUCAACUCAACAAUGAAGAGAAAUUGAUAAAACAAACGACAUCUUGUCAGAAACAAAAAAAAGAAUGUGGACAAAAAGAAAGUACAAGCAAGGCUACUCUUUUGGAGAAGAAGCCUUUAAAUAAGGCUGCUUGCAGUGACAAAAAAGACAAAUCACUCGAACCUCAAAGAAAGGCAAGGGAAUUAGUUAAGAAAGCUCUAAGUAAACCCGAAAUAUGCGACGGGAAAAAAUCUGAUAAGCAAGAAUCAAAGACUUGUGCACAAAAACCAGAAAAAAAAUCCAUUGAAGAGUCUGCAUCAAAGAAGAAAUGCCAAAAAUCAGUAGCUUCUAGCCAAUUUUCCAAAUGCGAGGAUAAAAAAGUAAAUAAAAACAAAGAAAAGCCAUCGAAAGAAUGUAAUAAAUCUGAAAAAAACAAACAACAAUCUGAAAAACCAAAACCCUGUGGCAAGACAGCUACAGCUACUACAUGUCAAGAGCAAAGAGAAAAAAUGGAAAAUAUAUGUAAUAAUAAACAAAAAACCAAAGGUUGUUUUACGCAGAAAAUAUUUGCAAAAUGUGUAGACGAAGAAAUAAAAAGAGGAGAUGCAUGUAAAUCUGGAGAAAAAAAAGUUGACAAACAAUUCAAAUGUAAAAAAGCAUCAGAAAAGGAAAAAAAUCAAUCUUUUAAAUCAGAUCAAAUAGAGAACGUAUGUGAUAAAAACCAAAAUAUGGGAGGAAAAAAUGAUAAUAAAUGCAACAAAGGAUCUGAAACUGAGAAAAAGUGCGCUAAACAUGAAAAUAAAGAAAAAUGUGGGAAAUUGAGAGUCGAAUUUAUGAAACAAAAUAAAAUAGGCACUAAAGGGGACGGUUGUCCUUCAAGUGACGCGAUUCCAAAAACGACAACAAAAAAUUCAAACAAAUGUAUGAAUGAGAAGAAGGAAUGUAGUGCAGAUACAACUGACACAUCAAAUGCCGCAGUUACAAAUUCCCUGGAGACUUCCAGUUCUCAGAACAUCAUCCGUCCUCGUGAAACUAAUUACAGCAUUAAGCAAACUAUGAGCAAAAUUCCAACAAAAUCAAUACAUUUUAAGGAGCCAGUAUUAGUAAAAUCUGGGACAUCCACCAUUGCUGCUCGUGAUAAUUUGAAAAGUAAAACAACCAAUACAUCAAAAAUCGAAAAAAAUAGAAAAAAAUUAAGCAUGAAAGUAUCUCCAAAAAUUAAUAACCCUGAACAAAUCACUGAAAAAGGAUGGGGACGUGAAGAUUCACACGAAGCACAUCCUUCGGAUUUGUUCAACGAAUCAGAAAUUUCAAGCACACCUAACACUACGAACGACUUAAAGGAGGCAUCAGUUGAACAAGGCGAUAGCCAACCAAUAAUUCCUGGAAAAAAAUCAAUGAUACACAAUGAGGUUAAUGCAAAUAUGCGCAAUGAGAGUAGUGGAUGUGAUAUAAAUUUACUUAGAUUACCAGAAAAAGAAAAAUCAACAAAUAUCUUGCAGUCCAGCGAAAUUCCAUCAUCAAACAUUGAUGAGAAUAAUAGUAAAACUGAUACCCUGAGAUUAUCAGAUGUAGUUACCAGUCAUGGUCGCAAUAUUUCUCGAAACCCAAGUCCAAUUAAUUCUGAUUUAUCAAAACCACGAGUAUUUGAUAAUGAUGAUGGAAGUGAAGUAUUUAUUUGUAAAAUUGACAAACUAACUAAAAGUGAUUCCGAAAAACAUUCAAGAACAUUAAAAUGCAAGCUUUUCAGAGAUGAAAGUGGAAGAGAAAUUUUUCUCUGUAAAGAGCUGGAAGAUGGAAUGAAAGCUGAACAUAUGGAAAAGGCUAACGUAUCAUCAGUAACCAAGAGUAAAUCUUCAGACGUACGAUCACGGAGUUUGUCAAGUAAAUCGGAUAUUUCUAGUUCUCAUGAUAACUAUGUGGAAAUCAAACCAGUUCGAAUAACAAGGGAAGUACUGCAACGUGAAAACGAACAAAUGGCAAAACUUCUUGAAAGAUACCAAUCUCUUGAAACACAAGAUGAGAAAACAAAACAAAGAAUUUACCGUCUCUACUCAAUAACAAGGAAAUUAUUGAGUCAUUAUUAUUUAGUGGAUGGAGAAGAAAAUAGCAAGCUCUAUUUUGAUUACAAAGAUAUUGUGCAGCGACAACACCUUAAACAACGUAAUGAUAAUAUAGAUACUUUGAAAUAUCACCCAUGAGAAUAAAAACGAUACAAUAUUUGAUGAGUAUAUCUCCACAUCUUGGAGAAAUAAUCCUAGGUAGUGGAUAAUGUUCAACGUACUACUGUUGGUAGUGUCGUGCUGCUUUGGUGGAUGUCUGUUCAAUAGAAGAGAAA